GUGGAAAGCGCCGAAAUUUUGAAACGUAAUAAAUAUAAGAGCCUCGGUAAAGAGUACCAUUCUGUACCAUUUGGCGUUGAAGCUCUAGGUCCAUGGGGUCCCAGUGCGUACAAGUUUGGAGAAAUCGCAAAACGUCUGGUUGACGUCUGGUGAUCGAAGAGCUAGCGGCUUCCUCGCACAACGUAUCUGUAUUGCGAUGCAACGAGGAAAUGCCGCCAGCAACCUUGGUACAAUGCUUCAAGGGCCUAUUUUAGAUAUAAGCGAAUCAUCUGUAUAUAUCCAUUAUGUAUAUUGUUAUUGUAAAUAAAGAAUAUUUUCCUUUACAAUAUUAUAUUUUUUAAGAAAUUAAAAUGUAAAAAGCGCUUAUCAUUAUAAAAAAUAAUAUUUAUUAAUAUUUUACACGCCUUAUAAAUCCAUUUUUGCGAAAAAAAAAGUAUGGAACCACCGGUACAGCAUUUCUAGAGCUAGGCCAAACUAUGUUGGCAGCGAUUUUGAUAGGCCAGAUGGUGUAAAUGUUAUUUAAACUUCAUAAUCUCAUAGAAGUUUUAUAUUUAAAAUAACACUUGCACCGUCUGGACUAUCAAAAUCAUUGCCAACUUAGCUUGGUCUAGCUGCAAUCACUCUUGGCCGCCAUUUAGUAGGUACCUUUAUGAAUAGGUACUUACUUUUUUGCAAACUCGUUAAUUCUCAUUACACUCAUCAAAUAUGCGAUAUAUAACCCUAUUACGCAUUGCUCCAAUUUUUAAAUGUUUUGAUUACGUUUAUAUAGACAAUCUUACAGUAGCUUCCACCCAGUCCACUACGCAACAGUACCAAAAUCAAAAAUUAUUUAAAAUAAAAUUGUAAUUCAAAGAUUCUGGUUACUGGAUCAAACAGAGAGCUUGAUAAAAUAUAGUUCGGAUUUUGUUACAACGUGAUAAGUACUAUUCUGCCUUGGAGCGGCGGACGCGAAAAAAAAAAGAAGACAAUCGUUCGGAAUAAUUUGAGCCAAGUGUAUAAAAUGGCCGCUCGCCGCUGACACGGCGCAGUGGCUAGCGCGUUCCCGCCAAAACAACUGUCAAACCGGUGUGGUCACUCUAAAAAUUUUCUAUAAAAGAAAAAAAUGAGUGCCCUACUCCUAAUCGCCGUCGCUGUUCUCAUUUUAUACAAAGUUUAUUCCCGUAAAACAGUCAGUAUUAAACGGGAAAACAAAUAUGGGGAAGCUAAAGAGGUGGUUUUGAGCGAAGCACCGGGACCGGUACCUUUCCCGGUCGUUGGUAGUUUACAUCUUUUGGGGAAACACGAAUCUCCUUUCCAAGCGUUCACGGAGCUAGCCAAAGAGUACGGGGAUAUUUUUAGCAUACAAUUGGGCGGGUCAAAGUGUUUAGUAGUUAAUAAUCUGGAGCUGAUCAGGGAAGUUUUGAACCAGAACGGGAAGUUCUUCGGCGGUCGACCGGACUUCGAGAGGUUUCAUCGGCUGUUCGCUGGCGAUAGAAACAACUCCCUGGCGCUCUGCGACUGGUCGAACCUGCAACUGCGUAGACGCAACCUGGCGCGCCGGCACUGCGGGCCCAAGCAGCACACAGACAACUUCGCCCGCAUCGGCAGCGUUGCCACCUUCGAGGCCAUCGAGCUCGUCCAGACCCUGAAACAUGUCACCAGGACCACCGAAUCUGCCAUCAACCUCAAGCCCCUUCUCAUGUCCACAGCCAUGAACAUGUUCAGCCACUACAUGUGCAAUGUCAGAUUUGAUGAAGAUGAUGUUGAAUUCCGCAAAAUCGUUGACCAUUUCGAUGAGAUCUUCUGGGAAAUCAAUCAAGGAUACGCUGUUGAUUUCCUCCCUUGGCUUUCACCGUUUUACAAGAAACAUAUGGAUAAGUUAUCCAACUGGUCCAAGGAGAUCCGCAGCUUUAUUCUAUCCAGAAUUGUGGAGCAGAGAGAAAUGAAUUUGGAAACUGAUGGGCCGGAAAAGGAUUUCCUUGACGGGCUCCUAAGGGUUUUACAUGAUGAUCCGACCGUUGACCGAGAUACGAUUAUUUUCAUGCUUGAAGACUUCUUGGGCGGUCAUUCGUCUGUUGGAAACCUAGUUAUGCUUUGCUUAGCUGCUGUGGCGCGCGAUCCUGAAGUAGGGAAGAAGAUUCGUUCAGAAAUCGAAGGUCUGACCAAAGGAAAACGCGCUAUCAGCCUAGUCGAUAGAAGCAACCUGCCGUAUACUGAAGCGACUAUCUUGGAAGUUUUGAGAUACGCGUCUUCUCCGAUAGUUCCUCAUGUAGCUACAGAGAACGCUGAAGUAGCUGGAUUUGGAGUUGAGAAAGGAACCACGAUCUUUAUAAACAACUACGAGUUGAACAAAUCGGAGAAAUACUGGAAUGAGCCGGAAAAAUUCGAUCCCUCUCGAUUCCUAGAGCGCAGUAAAGUGCGCGUCAGGAGGAACUCCCAAUGUGAUUCAGGUAUGGAAUCUGACAGCGAACGAACAGGGCCCUUAGAUAAAACUACAGAGAUGGAGAAAGAAGUAGUAUCAGUUAAAAAGAACAUCCCCCACUUCUUGCCGUUCAGCAUCGGUAAAAGAACAUGCAUAGGACAGACGCUAGUGACGACAAUGAGCUUCGUCAUGUUUGCCAACAUCAUGCAAGAGUUUGACAUCGGUGCUGAGCAUCUAGAGGAUUUAAGACAGAAACCGGCGUGCGUAGCUCUUCCUAAAGACACAUUUAAUCUGUACGUAGUACCCAGAAAGCACUGAAUAAUUUAUUAUUGUAGAUAAUCAAUCUCCUCAGCCAAUAUUAAGGUUUUUUAUAAAUUAAAUUACAGAAGCAGAUUAGAGUUCAUUAGAGUAGAUAUUUACUUAGUACAUGAAUAGUUACUGUAGUUUUUUUUUAUAGAGAAGUAUCUCAAAUAGUCACCAUAAAGGAUUGUGUUAGUGCUGGUUGUAAAAUUUUGGGGAAGUUUUUACUUCUCUUUAGAUCUUUUAGUAUUGCCAGUUUCAAGUAAAGCAAAAACUUACGACACUUUAUUUUAUUUUAAAUCUUUAUAUUAAUAUUGAAAGUGGCAAUACUGUAGUUUUUUAGAUAAAUUGUAACCAAAUAUGGCUGUGGAGAAUCGCUCAAAACAUUAUUUAUUUCUCGAAAUAAUAUUUUAGGUUACAUUUGGCUUUUCUGUCAUAAACUGUAUCUACUCGUCCCAAAUUUAGAAAAUGUGUGAAUGAAUGAGUGCGCUAGGAUUUUUAAAGUAGUUAGCUUACUGGUCUAGAUCUAGUAUUUCUAGUAAGCACUAGGUCUUCACCAAGCUUAGUUCUUGAAAUAUUAACCCGACGACUUUCUUCUGUUUCGUGGAUUUGAUACUGUUUGUUAUUUUAGCAUUUUUUUUUGUAGUUUUGUAGCGCGGCAAUAUAUUUUUUAUUGAAAUUUAGACGCAUUUAUUAUUUAGAAGUAGUUUUAGGUAGUUUACCUAUAUCAGUCAUUGAGCGUUCUGUGAAUUUCUCUUGUAGUAGAUUUUAGGACCGAUUAAACUUAGUGUAGUGAUCAGGCCUUAGUACACAAAAAAUGGAACCCUGAGCCACUGUAGACACAUGACUCACUGUUUAACAGUUAAAAUAAUUACAAAAUAUAAUUUUAAAAAAUAGCAUAUUAGCUGACAUAGUGCCUCAGGAUUCCAAUAGACCGUAUAUGGAGCAUUCCACUAAAAUGUCGCUUAAAUAACACUUUUCCUUAAGGCCCGUCCAGACGGGAAAAAUUUGGCACAGUCUGAUUAAAUUGUCUAAUCAAAUCAGGUCGUGUGGACGCAAAAAUAUAUUGACGCAAAUUUCAUCAUCCUAUUGGUCAAUUUGAUCCUCCUAUCUGGACGGGUAUACUUUGACAACUCCUAACCCUUUGACUGCCAACACAUACACGCAUGGUUACAAUGUAAUCUAGACCUAAUUGCAUUCUCAUAAGGUUUACGAUGAUGCGUUAUAUGUGACACUCCAUAUCAAAAGGGACCUUAUGACGGUCGCCGCUUAUGUCGCGUAGUAUUGGCGCGCCGCUAAUAAUGGCGUAAACGACGACCGCCAUAAGGUCCCAUUUGAUUUUGAUUGUCUCAUAUACAGGGUGACCUUAUCCAUUGGACAAACCCUGAAAUCCCACGUAGGUUUACUACUCAGGAAUGCUCUGACGUUAAUAUUUUUUUAAUUAGAACAAAAGAUAAAAAAUUACAUUUUUCGAACAAAAGUUAUUUGCAAUAAUCGACAACAAAAAGAAACACUGUGUUAAUUUUUGGCAGUGUUUUAGACAAUUUUUUCGAAAUAUUUGAUAAUGAUGACAUUUUUCAAAAGUCAGAAGCUUAUUAGUGUCAUAAAUAAAAAUGAUAAUCAAAAAGGUCGAAGAAGUUUCCAUACUAUUCUUUGAGGAUAUUACCUUAGGAGCUACUAACACAUACAGGCUGCUCCAAAGUAAAAAAUGGUAAUUUGUUAAUUUCUUCGAAACCGCUACACCGGUUGUUAUGAUACUUUGUACAUUGGUUCUAAAUACCCUAAUGCAUAUGUACAUUUCGGCUUUGUCCAAUGCCUAGGGACACACUGUAUAUUGGCGUUCAAAGGUUAUGUAUGUAGUGGUAGACGAGACAGUCCUUUUUUAAGGUAAUUCCUUAAAUAUCAUAAGUUCAUAACCACCUUCUUAGCAUUUAAUCAUUGGAAGGAUACUAUGUAAUGCUCUAUACUUAGUAAUGUAUCCGAGUAGACUUUGAUCCCAACUGUAGUGUUUUUUAUACUUUUUGUACGUAGUUUUAUGUAGUUAACAGCAACAUAUUAGUUUUCUGUUUGUAUUAGUCAGAAAUGCUGUAUUACGAGUAGAUGUUUUGUAGUUUGAUCCUCCAAGAAAAAUUGUUUAGUGAAGAAUAUUUAAAUUUUAUUUUUUUAUUAAAAAAAUCUUCAGAUAGUUACGUAAGGUGCAUUGGGAUAAUUUAGACAGCGGGGUAUUUUCGAAAAUCGCUAAUAUCUACUAAACUAAAUAACUAAAUAGAUGUUAUUUUAUUAGUUGCUGUUUUCUGAAAUAUUUUUCUCGCUGCACCCACGUUCGCGAAUUUCUGUUUUGCCCUAUGGUUGACUGGUAGAAAAUGCCUUAAGAUAUUAAGUCCACCAUUUGUACAGUCAGAUCAGGAUAAGUAAACAGCGAUUUUGACAGCCCAGAUAGUGCAAGUGUUAUUUUAAAUGUCUAACUUCUAUGAAAUAAUGACAUUUACUUAACACUUGCACAGGCUGGGCUAUCAAAAUCGUUGCCAACUUAGCUUGGUCUGAAUCUACUUAAUUUUACUGAGCAAUAAAGUUUAAAAUAAAUAAAUAAAGAAGCACUUUAUAAUUGACUGCUACUGCGACGGUUAUAAAGGCAUCAUGCCUACUGAUACAACAGAAAAAAAUGCUUCUUGUUUAACGUCAAAAUUAAGCCGCGUUCGAUCUUAACCCAAAGCACCCUAACUGUAAUCCCAUUAACACAUUAGUUGUAAAAGUAGCGCAGAAUAUGAACUCAAUAGAAAACUUUGUAUUCUUUUACACAUAUGUAAUUAUUUACCUAUACAAAUAAAAACUAUAGUAUGACAAAUUAGCAGUAUGAGUUGCCUUUGUAAAACGAAUCUUAGUGCUUUGUAGUAUGGUCCAAAUUCACUUCAAUACGAACGAUUAGUGUAUGAUAGAAAAAUUGUGAUUUUGUAGAGUUUAUGGUAGAAUUUGAAAUUAUAGUACUUGCAAAUUUA